GUGCGGCUGAGACUCGGGAGUGUUGUGCGUAGGGCGAGAUGUUGUUUUGUUGUGGCGAUCAGCUGAAUGUGGCAUCGCUGUCCGGUCUGACAAAACAGUGGGAGGCACCCCGAUCCUUUCUCGCUCUCCCUCCCCAGAAGCGUGGAAACCAAAAUCAUCUCUACCCAACGCAACAUAAUCCAGGAAAUGCGGACUUCUGGCCCUUUCGCUACGGGAUAAAUGGCUGCAUCGCCCGCACUAUAUCAAGCUGACCCAUUUAGGAGCUGAACGGACACUUCUCUUGAGAUCCAACAAAAGAGACAUGCCGAGAGCACCUCCAGAGAGCUGUUAGAAUGGCUGAGGCUGGACAGGAGCAGAGCUACUCAGCACAGAGAGAUGAUCCAUGUUUACCUGCAUCUUUGCAGCUCCGGGGCACAUUUUAAUGAUGCCUUAUUUGGUCCUCUUGACUAACUUUUGGCCCUCACCAAAAAAGGCCCUUUGUUGUGAUUUACGACUCAGUCUUUCAAUGUUUCCCUGCCUCUGACCUCCCUGCUGCCAUGUGGUCAGCUCCAUGAGGCUCCCAGAGCCCUUCCUUGUGUGUCUGUGAGGCCUCCUCCUCACUCUAUGGAGGCUGAGCCCAGCCGUCCGGCCGAUGGGGAGCGCUCCGGAAGGCAAGAGCAGCAGCCUGUGUCUGCUGAGCCCCAACUGGGAUCCUGUGCACCUCAGCAGCCACAGCAGCCUCCCAACCCGCGUCCCGUACACAGAUCGUUGGGCCGCCUGCAAGGUCGCCAACCUAAGCGUGGAGACCUUCUGCUCCGGUUACAGCAGCAGCAAGCAGUAGCAUGGCAGCACUCAGACACCCCAGGUCCCUCAGGAGGCAGCUUCCUUUCUCCAUCCCUCUCUUCGACCUCGCCUCUUCCCUCCACCUCAUCCGCCCAGGGCGAGCAUGGUCUGGGGGUGCCAUCCCAGCCCAGCCAGGAAGGCCCCGAGGGGGGUGGCUCAUCCAGAAGAGGAGAGAAGAAACCUCAAAAACCAGGGAAAUAUGUGUGCUCUUACUGUGGCCGUCCAUGUGCCAAGCCGAGCGUCCUUCAGAAACACAUACGGUCCCACACUGGAGAAAGGCCCUACCCUUGUGCCCCUUGUGGCUUCUCUUUCAAGACCAAGAGCAACCUGUACAAACACCGCAAGUCUCAUGCCCAUCGCAUUAAAGCUGGCCUGGCGUCCAGCCGUGAUGAGCCCAGUUUGAGUGGACCAGAGGGCGGAGGCCUGGGAGAAGACCCGGAGGAACCCACCGAGGGAGACAGCACAGAGUCUGAAGAGGAGACAGGCCAUCAUAGGCAGUCCUCUUCUAAAGAGAUGGCGGGCCAGCAGAAGAGAGGUGGUAAGGAGCUGUCAGAGGAGAGCCAGAGGCCUGAGGACUCCCAGGCUGUCAAACAGAGGCUGGCAAUGAGGCUUAGUGAGAGGAAACGUGGUCCCAUGGCUUCUCCAGAUGACCCUCCCUCCUCUCUUUCCACAUCAUCUUCUUCACUGGGCCCUGGCAGUAAAGGCAGCACAGAGUCUGGCUACUUCUCUGGAUCAGGCAGCACUGAGCUGUCCCAAGUUAGCCCUCCCAGUGCCAGUGCCAAAACCUACGCAGAAAUUAUCCUGGGGAAAUAUGGGAGACUGGGAGGGCAGCAGCGCAGUCCCCAUCAGCAGCAGCCCCAUUCUUCACUCUCCUCGUCUACAGGACCGGAAGACAAGAGUAUUCCCUUCAGUGUACCCAAAACCCAAGUCAUAGAACAUAUUACUAAGCUUAUCACCAUCAAUGAGGCAGUGGUAGACACCAGUGAGAUUGAUAGUGUGAAACCCCGACGCUCCUCCCUAUCUAGGAAGAGCAGCAUGGAGUCACCCAAAUUUAGCACCCCAAAAGACCCCUAUGCAUUUGAACCCAAAGGGGAAAUCCCUGGCCCCAGUAGUUUGGGACACCUCCACAGUCCUGAGGGUGAGCCAUCAGGUGCCCAGGAGCUGUCUACAGUGCCUCUGCUUCGAAGCCACUCAAUGCCAUCAUCUGCCAGCCAGGGAGACCCCUCAACCAUGUCUCCCAGAGGCUUCCGUCUCUGCCACUCUUUUGAUGAACAGCAAGCAGUGGUGGCAGAGAUGAGGGUUGGCCAUGCCCAGCGUAUGCUGAGGCGCCAGCCUGCCAUAGAAGUUCCCCUGGGAGCUGAGCUAAUCCUGGAGGAGGCAGGUCCCUCUUCCUCUUCAGUCAGAGGCACUGACCUAGACAGGCAGAAACAACAACAGCAACAGCAAAGGGGUCCCAGCCUGUAUGAGUGUGAAACAUGUGGGGCCCGCUGCCAGCAGAGAGAGGGCUAUGAGGCCCAUAGAGUCAUCUGCCCUGGACAGCAAACACUGGAACAAGAGAGUGGGGAUGUGAGUGGAACAUGCAGGGAGGACCGCCCCCAGAUGAUGCACUAUAAGUUCAGAGCGCUGGCCAUGGCUGUAAGGAAGAGGAGGAAAGAGGAGAGUCUGGAAGAGGAUCCUCCCAGCCCUGGGCCCACAGCCAUGUCAAGCAGUUCUGCCCUCUCUCCAGUGCCAAGCAGACCAGAGCACAACCAGGCCCUCUCAGGUGUUCCCUCCCAGACUGAGCCAAAACAGCAGCAGCAGGACAGAAAGGGUGUGUCUGUCAUCCAGCACACCAGCUCUUUUGAAAAGCAGGAGAGUAUAUCCAUGGAGAGUCAGGAACCAGACCUCAGAGAGGGUCAGCCAGUACAACAAACAGAGCCAAAACCAUCACCUUCUACAUCCCGCCUCAUCCGCCAGCCCAACAUCCAAGUGCCAGAGAUCCUGGUUACCGUGGAGCCUGAUGCUGACAUGCCAUCUGUGUCACCCCCAGUAACAGCAUCCUCAUCCAAGGAAGCAGAGAGAGUGGAGGAGUUCCAGUGGCCGCAGCGCAGUCAGACUCUGGCCCAGCUUCCUGCAGAGAAGCUGCCACCAAAGAAGAAGAGACUCCGGUUGGCAGAAGUGGCCCAGUCCUCCGGGGAGUCUAGCUUUGAGUCUGUGUCCCUGCCUCGCAGUCCCAGUCAAGAGAGCAACAUCUCCCAUACUUCAAGCCUGUCUGCUUCCUUUGAGGACACAGCAAGGUCUGAGCCUGCUGUCUGGGCCUCUAGUAGCCAGGGCUCCCAGAUGCUGAUGGUGCCUUCCACCUCCCACCAACACCACCAAACCCACAAAGAGAUGCGGCGCUCAGCCUCAGAGCAGGCCCCAGCCAGCCCACAGCAAACAGAUCAGACCUCAGAGACCAGAAGCAAGUCCUUUGACUAUGGGUCCCUGUCCCCACAGCAGUCUGCAUCUGCCUGGAGAGAAAGGAGGAAGUGUCUCCUAGUGAAGCAUGCCACCCUAGGGGAACCUGAGCAGGAGGAAGGGAGCAGCAUGAGUCACUCACCUAGAUUAGACAGCCCCAAGCCAGGACCAUCCCACUCUAGCCAUCCUGCUGCCCACUCAAGUGAGGCCAGCUCCUGGCUCAACCCAAAAGCAAAAGCAAAAACCCUGCAGCUGUUCCAGCCCCAGAUCCUCCCCCUGUCUCAGGGUGUACUCCCUUUGCAGCCCAGAGGUCAGGAAAUGUUCCCCCCGCCAUCGCUUGCCCAGCUGCUCCCAGUCACAACAGCCAUCUCUGAAGUCCUUUCCACCCAGAUCAUCCACAGAGCCUUCUUACAUUCAGAGACAACACACCCACCUAUACAGGUGCACCCAGCACAGAUCCACAUGGCUGAACGCUUAGGUAUACCUCUCCAUCAGCUUCCUGCGCUACUUCCUCUCCAGUUCUCUUCCAGAACGAGAGCUAGUCAGACUCUGUAUCUUCCUGUAUCCCCAAGAUGCACUGCACAGGUACCUUCCCCUCCCCUCACAGUGGCCAGACCCUCCAUCUCUUCCAUGUCUCCUGCCCUUACUCGACAGUCCCUUGUCCCUGUUUCCUACCACCACCCACGUCCAGUCAUUGCCACAUGCCUGACACAGCUUACACCGGUGGUAUCCCUUGUGGUCCCAGUACGCCUCCAGACCCAUAUACCCACCUAUGCUAGCGCCAUGUAUACCACACUGUCUCAAAUCCUGGCCUCUGCCCGCUCACAGGAGCCCAUUUGUUGCACAGCUAUGGUCAUCAUGGGCCAGGUGGAGCGGGACAAGCUACAGAGGUCCUACCUGAAGGUCCCCACACCAGACAUCAAGAGCCUCCUGCCCCUGUCUCUGCCUGUGGAGCUGGCCUCUGGGUCAGGAUCUGGGGAAGGCUACGGUCCACUCGGGGCUGGAGGGAGUAAACGCAUGCUUUCUCCCGCUGCCAGUCUGGAGCUCAGUACAGAGGCCCAGCGCCACCAAAAAAGAGUAAAGGAGGAAGAAGAGGGGGAGCAACAUAAGGCAGGAGAGGGGGUGGUAGAAGAGAAGGUGGAAGAAGAGUUAAAAAGUAAAGCCCCUGGGAGAAAACUGGAAGAAGCAGAGAAGAAAGAGCCGAAGAGGGCAGAGGUGGUAACUGUGAAAGUCGAGGGGGAGGAAGUCCAAGUACCAAGGAAACAUACCAGGGAGAAAGAGGAGGAGGAGGCAACAGAGGAGGCAAAGCCAAAAAAAGAAGAGGUGCCAGUUGUGGAAGAGGGUCAGGGGGUGGUCAGUGCUCCUCAGCUCCCACGCCCAGAAAGACCUAGCACCCCAUCAUACCCCAGCCUGCACACCGCCACCUCGGUCAACUGGUGCUACCUGAACUAUGUAAAGCCCAACCCUUCUGCCCAGAGGGACCCCCAGACUUCAGUUUAUUCUACCUGGAGUGUCAGUGUUCACAAUCCCAACCUGCCAGGCCUCAGCACUAAGGUGGCCUUGUCUCUACUGUGCUCUAAACAGAAGCACAGCUCAGAGACUUACACCAUGGCCACAGCACCGACUCCAGCCAAAAGCAAAUUGGCCCCUGCCAGCAGCAGGACGCCACGUGUCUCAGAGGUACAUGCUACCCCACCCAGUGCCCUUGUUGAAGUGAAGGAUGCACCACAGCAUGAAAAGGAGGAGAAGAAGAAAGGGAGGAGAGAUGAGGAAGGACCCUCCACCUCCAAACAGACCGAGCCAUCUCGCGUCCGAAUCUUUGAAGGCGGCUAUAAGUCUAAUGAAGAGUAUGUGUAUGUACGAGGUCGCGGCAGGGGAAAGUAUGUAUGUGGAGAAUGUGGUAUCCGCUGUAAGAAGCCCAGCAUGCUGAGGAAGCACAUCCGCACACAUACAGAUGUCCGUCCUUACAUCUGCAAACACUGCAACUUUGCCUUCAAAACCAAAGGGAACCUUACUAAACACAUGAAGUCAAAGGCUCAUGGGAAAAAGUGCCAGGCAAUGGGAGUGUCUGAGUCAUCACUGGAUGAGCCAGAGAGCGAGGAAACAGCAGGCAGUGAUGAGCGUGUGUGUGGCUCAGAGGAGCAGGAGGAACAUCAGUUCUCCGAUGUGGAAGAGUCUGAGGAAGAUGAUGACAAUGCAGAUGAUGACGAGGAGGAAGAGGAGUCCUCAUCGCAUGACGACCCACCGUCAUCCUGUUCAUCAGACACCCAUCCGUCAACAGGGGGGCGUUCCAGCUGCAGCAGGCAAUCUCAGCAAGGCACCCCUGAACGUGAGGCCCCGGGCACCAGCCGCAGCCCCAGUCAGGAGCCGUCCCCUAGAAGGCUUUGGCCCAGCAGGCGAGCCACCUCACCAGGCAGCAGGAGAGCACUGUUCUCACGCCGGGGCUGGAAUGCCUCGCCCAGAGCUUUCUCCCCCAGCAGUGAGAGCUGUUCCCCGAGCCGCAGCCUCUCCCCUAGGCUGGAGCUGUCCUCCCCCAUCCGUAGCCUCUCCCCGAGGACAGAGCUGUCCUCUCCCAGCCGACACGUCUCACCAUCCCCUGAGAGAGGACCGUCCCCUAUCAGAGCCCUUUCUCCUCUUCAUCCCCUAUCCUCAAGCUGCUACCGGGCAUCACAAUCACGGGCCCCUCCUUCGCCACUUGGCACACAACACAGGACCCCUGGGUACCUGCCCUGGGAGAGCCCUGGUACAAUGAGUAGUAGUGUCAAACUGGAGAAAAGCGGUACAGCAGGGGAAGGGCCAAUGUCACCAGAGGCAAGCCUGUUCCCGCCUGCUUUUCGUCUUUCUGCUAGUGAGGGUUAUUCCAGCCACCAGGCAGCAGACAAUGUCUUCAGCCACCUUCCCAUGCACUCCCAACAAGCCAAGGUCCCCUGUCUGAUGAUCCCCAUCGGAGGGAUCCAAAUGGUACAGGCCAGACCAAGGUCUCACCCCACCACCACCCCAUCUUCCCCAACUUCUCCACCAAUGGAGGGGCCAUCAGUGCCCAGGUUUGAACUAUCCUGGGGUGGGACCCCCAGAACUCAAGGGCUCAGGACUCCUGGAGGCCACUGGUUAGAGAGCCAGGAAGCAGGAACCAGCCAAUCAGGGCGCUGUAGCCCUAGUGCAGCACCAACGCGUUCCAAACCAGAGUUGGAGACCACAGACUCAAAGCAAUAUGGCAGCUCGCAUAGCUCUGCUCACAUCCACAGGUCUGCUACUGAGACCAGGGAACGUUCAGACAUUAGUCGUUCAAUACCAUCCCUCAGUCUAGCAGCCCCCUUAGCCUCGCAUGUCACUGGACGGCAUUCGGAGGGGGAGGAGCCUAAACCUGUGUCUGGUCAGGUGGAGGGAGGAGCUAAAGGAGAGACAGCCAGAAAAGACCAGAGCACUUAAUAGUGUCUACAUCUUGAUGCAUCAUGCAUCCCAUUUUGCUUUAUUGGUUGCUACACUAGUCUUGUUUUUUAUUGCUUUGUUUUUAUACAGUUUUCAAUACUAUUGUUAACUUAAAUGUUUGUUCUUUGGCAAUAUUCAGGUUUGUUAUAAAAUGCACUUUUUUC